AUGAAAAUCUCUUCCGGCAUUUUCCCCCUGGUGAGCAGGUAUAAAUCCAUCGUGUUCGCCGGCUGCCAAAGCCUUCCCAUCACGACAAUCCAUCCCACUCCCAGGACUCUGCCUCCCAGAACCCUGCACAAGGCUUCCUCCAGAAUGCAUCUCUACUCCGUCUUCAUCCUCUUCGGGACCGCAGCCCUAACAGCCACGACUCACCCCGGUCCGCACGAACCACUCCCGGCCGCAGCCCUCCACCGCCGGACCGAGCUCCUCAAGCGGUGCCCCGGCCACGCCGCCACCUUCAACAAGCAACGCAUGGCCGCGCGCGACACCCUCACCAAACACUGGGCCGACGGGCACAAUCACAACGCAACCUACGAGAUCCACACCGAAGCUCCCUUCUAUGAAACCAUCUAG